AAACAUUUUUUGUUAUCCUUUUGCAUCUCUAAAACCCUUGCACGGUUGUUCCAUUUCUCUUGAUUCCCCCCUUUCUCCGUCGAAACCGAAGAGAACGCCACCGCUAUCGAUGGCAGCCAUACCCCUCCUCCGCCUAUCCUUAUCACCACCACCACAAAAACCCCCUCGGUCAACUAUCUCGAUUCACCCUCUUAGAUCAAACAUCCUUUCACUUUCACCACCACAAUCGCUAUCACUCCGCUCAAAUUCCACCGCUCAAUCACGCCGACGCACAAUAAUCUCAGCGUCAAACAACUCAACUCCGGUCAGCGACAGAUUAAUCUCAGCCGCAGCAUACUUUUUCCCCUUCUUCAACGGUCUCCAAUACGGCCGAUUCCUCUUCGCCCAAUACCCUAGAACCCUAGGCCUCGCUCUCGAGCCCUUGCUACCUUUACUCUCAUUCUACCGUUCAAUUCCUUACGCAAGCUACCUCGCUUUCUUGUUGCUGUACAUCGGCGUUGUCCGUAACACGAAUGCCAGCCGUUACGCUCGUUUCAAUGCGAUGCAGGCGGUGGUGCUCGAUGUUCUGUUGGUUCUACCGAUGUUGGUUCAGAGAAUAUUCAAUCCAGGGCCACAUGGAAUCGGGGGAAAGAUUUUGAUGAUAAGCCACAAUGUGAUUUUUGUGUUUGUUGUUAUUUGCUUUGUUUAUAGCUUGGUGUUUUCGAUUUUGGGAAGAACACCGAAAUUGCCGUUGGUUGGUGAUGCUGCUGGCAGGCAAUUUUGAAGAUUCCGAUGAGAAAUUGUGUACGUUUAUCAUGUUCUCCCUGAAAUUUAGUUACAUUUCGUGUUUUGAGUUUAUAAGUUUUUCUUGUUGCU